GAAAUUUUUUAAUAUAUAUAUAUAUAUAUAUUUAAAUGAAAAUAUCAAAUAUAUUAUGAUUAAAGUAGUUCAAAGAUUCUAUAUAUUAUUAGUCUUUUUAAAAUAUGUUAACAAAAAUUCUUAAAGAUAGUCCAACUUAAAAAUUACACAUGAAAAAAGUUGCGACUUCUAUUUAAAAAAUAAUAAUUAAAAAGAUGUUCAUUUACUUAUUUUUAAGAUUGAAAUCUAACUAAAUUUUAUGGUAUCGUUACAAAAACAGAAAUAUACAGUUUUGUUUUACAAAAUAAAACUUUAUAAAUAGCUAAAUAAAUAAAUAAAUUCCUAAUUAUUAUCAAAUUAUUAUACAUUAAUAUUAGUUAGCUUUGACUUAUUUACACAAUAUAAAUUUAUAAUAAUAAUAUAUAUAAAAAUUAAUAGCAUUACUAAAUAUUAAAUACCAGAAUAAAUAAAAAAAGUAUUAUAAACUAACGCAAUACAUAUUAAACUUAUAAUGAUUACAGUGCUAAAUUAAAAUAUUAUUUUUAAAAAUUAUGAUAUUAUUUUAUAGUACAUGUAAUUUAAAAGAAUAAAACACCAUUGUAUUAUAAAAAAUCAUGUAAAAUUUUAACAAACAUUCCAAUUACAAAUCAUAAAUCUUUUCCUAAAUGUACUAAAUACUUCUUGGUAAAUUAAGAGUAUAUGAGUCUUGGAUCUCCUACAAUAUCUGCACUUUCAAGAUUACUUUUUGAAAAAAUAAUUAAUAAUAAUUAUAACUAAAAAUCUAAAUAAUUCAUAUUCCUAAAGAAAAAUAUGAAACUUAAUUCUCAUUACAUUAAAAUUUAUAGAAAAUAAUCUUGUGGUUUAAAAUCUAAUUAGUUAUUAAAUGUUAUACUGUUAACCCAUCUCACAGUAGUGAAGUUCCUCCACUAUAUAAGUAGUCUCACUAUCCCAUAAUCAUCAUCAUCAUAACUAUCAAUUCUUUCUUUCUCUUUGGCUCACCAUCUAUAAUAAACCAUAAUUCCUUCGACAAGAAAAUGGCUAUUGAUCCGAGUCUUUCUUUGGGUUCUAGAACUGGAUCAUUUCCAUUUCUGAGUCUCGACCUUUGUCUCAGCAUUGUCCUCUUCAUAUCCCUUUUCGUUUUCUGGUUGACCCCAGGUGGCUUUGCCUGGGCACUUUACAAAGCUCGUGUCCAUACCCGACAACAAUCCAAAGCCCGAGCCGCCAUUCCUGGCCCGGCAGGUCUCCCCAUCAUUGGCCUCCUCUUGGCCUUCGUCAAUAACGCCUCAACACACAGAAUCCUCGCCAGUAUUGCUAACUCCUGCAAUGCAAAAGCUCUCAUGGCAUUCUCUGUCGGUUCGACCCGGUUUGUUAUAACUAGCGAACCGGAGACCGCCAAAGAGCUCUUAAACAGCUCAGCUUUUGCAGACAGGCCUCUGAAUGAGUCUGCUUACGAGCUGCUUUUUCAUAGAUCUAUGGGGUUUGCUCCCUUUGGUGAUUACUGGAGAGAGCUGAGGAGAAUUUCGUCUACUCAUCUCUUUAGCCCUAAGAGGAUCUCCGGUUUUGCCGAAUCCCGUAGAAAAAUUGGGAAUAGUAUGGUAGAAGAUAUCAACAGCGCAAUGGCGAGUUAUGGAGAGGUGGAGAUCCGAAGAAUCUUGCAUUUUGGAUCACUUAACAACGUGAUGUCUACCGUUUUCGGCAGAACAUAUGAUUUCAACGAUGGUACCAAUGAGUUGGAGCACUUUGUGUCCGAAGGCUAUGAGCUUCUCGGAAUCUUUAACUGGGGUGAUCAUUUCCCGGGAGCGAGGUGGUUAGAUUUACAAGGCGUGAGGAGAAGAUGCCGUAGCCUUGUUGGUAAGGUGAAUGUGUUUGUCGGAAAUAUAAUCGAUGACCACAUAUCAAAGAGGUCUCUUCAUGAUAGUCAAGAAGAAGAAAGCACUAAUGAGGAUGACUUUGUUGAUGUUUUACUUGGCAUGCAAGGCAACAGCAAACUUUCCAACUCUGAUAUGAUUGCCGUCCUUUGGGAAAUGAUUUUUAGGGGAACAGACACCGUGGCCAUUCUAUUGGAAUGGAUCCUUGCGAGAAUGAUUCUACACCCUGACAUUCAAGCCAAGGCGCAGGCCGAGAUCGAUGUUAUCGUGGGUGAAUCGGGACGUCAAGUCUCAGACUCAGACCUCUCCAAGCUUCCAUACCUCCGUGCCAUCGUCAAGGAAACCCUAAGGAUGCACCCACCUGGUCCUCUCCUCGCAUGGGCUCGUCUCACCAUUCACGAUACUCAGAUUGGGACCCACUUUAUUCCCGCUGGGACCACUGCUAUGGUUAACAUGUGGGCUAUAACGCAUGAUGAAAAGGUUUGGCCGGAGGCUCACGAGUAUAAGCCAGAUAGGUUUCUUGGUGCGCCCGAAAGUGGUAACUUCCCCAUCAUGGGAUCUGAUUUGAGGCUUGCUCCCUUUGGUGCUGGACGUAGGGUCUGUCCUGGUAAGUCUAUGGGUAUAGCCACAGUGGAGCUAUGGCUGGCUCAGUUGCUAGGUCGCUUCAAGUGGGUCCCUUGUGGUGAAGUAGAUUUGAGCGAGACUUUGAAGCUCUCUUUGGAGAUGAAGAACCCUCUUGUUUGUAAGGCAAUCCCUAGGGUUUAAUUAGGGCUUCGUUGGUUAUCAAACUAUGCUAUUCUUAUCUCUCUCUCUUGGUUUUGUUUGAUUUCCUAUUGCUUUAUACUCAUUUUUGUCAGUAGCUAUAUCUAAAUAAAAGUUCCAAUAUAUGGUAA